CGGUCAUUGUUCUCGUGCCGGUAGGCGCCGGGGUCCAGGCCACCCGCUUUCUGCUCCAGAGCUCGCGAGCUCCGGCAGUGCUUCUGCUCCGCGCACGAUACUACUCAUCAUGUCCCUGGGAGGAAACUCAGGAAGAAGCUUUUGAAACUUAAAGAUUAGAUGGGGCUUGACUUCUGCUGGGCAGCCCCCAGCCAUAGGAAUUCUGCUGAGCAGAGACAAUGACUGCAGAGUUGAGAGAGGCUGUGGCCCUGGCCCACUGGGGCCCAGUGACAGUGAAAAAAGAGGAAGAGGAGGAAGGCUUUGUGGGCCAGGCAUCCAGCCAACAAGUGCACUCUGAAAACAUCAAAGUCUGGGCUCCUGGGGAGGCACCUCAGACAUGCCUCACUGUGUCAGAACAGGAGGAAAAGGGGCAGAAUGUGUUCUGGGACAUGGCUGUAGUCCUGAAACCAACACAAGAGGUACCUGCUGCUUCAACCCCAGGCAGCUCUUCAUUACCAGAGACUCUGGCCAAGAGCGAGCUACUGGACACUCAUGGGAACACGGCAUGUCUAGGUGCUGAAACCAAAAAUCCACAGUUAUUGGUUCCAAAAACUGAAAUAUGUGAUGAAGCAGAAAAACCCUUCAUCAUUUCAGGAAGAAUCCAAAAAGUUGACCCUCAAGGGCCCAAGUUAGGAGAAGCCUGUGAAAAUAGGAACAUGUUAAAGAGGCAAAGAAUAAAGAGGGAGCAGAAAGAUUUUGUACAGGUGACAAGGAAAGCCUGUCACCUCCCUGAAAACCUCAAAGAAGAGGAAGACCAGAAGUGUCCCAAAUCUGAGGAGCGAUACACGCUCAGUUCUGGCUCUGUUAAAAAUCAGAAAAGCCAGCCUGGGCAGAAACCUUUUACGUGCGGCGUGUGUGGGAAAGGCUUCAGCCAGAGUGCAAACCUUGUGGUGCAUCAGCGAAUCCACACUGGGGAGAAACCCUUUGAAUGUCACCAGUGCGGGAAGGCCUUCAUUCAGAGUGCAAACCUUGUUGUGCAUCAGCGAAUCCACACUGGGCAGAAGCCCUAUGUUUGUUCAAAGUGUGGGAAAGCCUUCACCCAGAGUUCAAACCUGACUGUACAUCAAAAGAUCCACUCCUUAGAGAAAACCUUUAAGUGCAACGAAUGUGAGAAAGCCUUCAGUUACAGCUCACAGCUUGCCCGGCAUCAGAAGGUCCACAUCACAGAAAAAUGCUAUGAAUGUAACGAGUGUGGGAAAACGUUUACUCGGAGCUCCAACCUCAUCGUUCACCAGAGAAUCCACACCGGGGAGAAGCCGUUCGCCUGUAAUGACUGUGGCAAAGCCUUCACCCAGAGCGCCAAUCUUAUCGUGCAUCAGCGAAGCCAUACUGGGGAGAAGCCAUAUGAGUGCAAAGAGUGUGGAAAAGCCUUUAGUUGUUUUUCACACCUCAUCGUGCACCAGAGAAUUCACACUGCAGAGAAACCUUAUGACUGCAGCGAGUGUGGGAAGGCCUUCAGUCAGCUCUCUUGCCUUAUCGUGCACCAGAGGAUUCACAGCGGGGACCUUCCGUAUGUGUGCAAUGAGUGUGGGAAGGCCUUCACGUGCAGCUCAUACCUGCUUAUUCAUCAGAGGAUCCAUAACGGGGAGAAGCCAUACACAUGCAAUGAGUGUGGCAAGUCCUUCCGGCAGAGGUCGAGCCUCACGGUGCACCAGAGAACCCACACGGGGGAGAAGCCCUACGAGUGCGCCAAGUGUGGUGCAGCCUUCAUCUCCAACUCACACCUCAUGCGCCACCACAGAACCCACCUCGUGGAGAGCACAUAGAGGACAAGGGAGACCUCCAGGUGCCGAUCGAAACCUCCCGCUCCCCAAGUCAGAUAGACACCUCUUGGCUGUUUCCUCCUCGGCAAAAAUGAACCCUGCUCUGUCCUACAAUGUUAUGGUUUUGGUCUUUGCUGGUGGUCCAGUGGUUAAGACUCAGCUUCCAAUUCAGGGAGCAUGGGUUUGAUCCCUGGUCAGGGAAGUUCCAUAUGCUCUGUGGCCAUAAAAAAGAUAAAAAGCAACAGUUUUCAGGAGUGCAGCACAAAACACAAGGCACAUUUCAGAGACUAGUUUAAAGAAAAUGAAAACAAAGGCCUCAAGGCAAGGAUUUUGUUUUUAACGGUACUCCAAGUGAUCGUAUUGUCUGAAGUGGGAUGUGGCCUUCUUAGAAAUGGGUCAUGCAGAGCUCCGUGAUAAAGAUCCUUCUGGGGAAAAGGAUUUUUCACUUAAUUUUGUUUUGGAAGACUGUUAAUUUUCCUGGGCAACAUGCAGGUUAUUGGUGUGUCUGACUGAUGGAAUUCGAGAGCUUUGAACCUUGUGUUCUAGUAUUUUGGGUUUAAGCAGUGACUCAUGAAGGAAACCACUUGGGGGUAGCAAUUCACCAACAAUUCUCACCUAUGAACGUGAUAAGUUUUCCAUUCCCUGGGUAAUUUUUUUUUGAAAAUUAAAAAAAAAAUAACCCCAACUGUCUGCCACUCCUUAAAUGGAUGGAAGUAGGAACUGGUUGUUUCCCUCAUGGUCUGCACCUCAUGACAGUUGGAUUGGUAAAGCUCUGGGGACUGCUAAUGAGUCUCUUCUGAUCAUUUCCCAGCCUGCAUGGCCAGUCACAUGAGGACGGAUGGAGACUGCACAGCAGAGCCACCGACACUGCUGGGCUGUGUUCCUUUGAAAAGAUCAACAAGUCUUCUAAUAACAACCCUGGUUACCACUGAAUUCCAUUUGAGUAAGACACUGCUAACAGACCCCUUCCCAGAUACAGGAGUCAUAGAAUAAAGCUGGAGGCAUGCCCACUUUGCUCUCAUUCCGCCCAGGCCAGCCAGAGGGCUCAGCUUGGGCAUCAUUGUCACUUUUCAAAUGAUCUGGUCAUUAGAAGAAAUAAUGGAGCCCUUGUAAUUCUGAGAGGACCCAAGAGGAAAAUGAACAGAGAGGGAGGGGGCAGAGUGGGAUUCCUAAGGUCUUAAUUUGUUUUUUUUGGAAAUUCAGAAGUAUUGGCAUAUGAAAACUUUUAGGAGGAGGAAGAAACUGGCUAAGGUAAGAUACCUUUGUUACCAUUUGAGCCUUUAUUCCUGGAAAAACAGUUUCUACAACUAUGCAAUAGGUAGAGUCAUGUAAUAAUAUUGCCUUGUAUUUAUAUAGAACCUGAUUCCUUGUGUACCUUCUUGUGUAGAGUCAUAAUACCUGGCACUUAUAUUGUGUUUUCACAGAGAUCAUUACCUUAAUUCCUGUUAAACUGAAAGAGCUGUUUGUCCCCUUUAUCUGAGAGAGGUCAUUUAACCAAGACUAAGUAACAAGCCUGUGUUCAGACCCAAGACCUAAAUCCAGGUUUCCUUUGUUCUGCCAUGUUCAUUCCAUGUUUUACACAUGUAACCCCACCUGAAUCUGUGGGAGAGUCUGAGAAAGGGGUAGAUAGUCUCAUUUUUAGGUGAAGAAGCAGAGCUGACAGAUUUGGGGGUGUGCCUUAGAGUGACCAACAAACAGCAAAUUUAAGAUAGGGUUUGAGUCUCUUCUCUUGAUUUCUGGGUCUAUCUCCAUCCUACUCUCAGCAUGCAAGUAUUUAUUGUAAAUGCUAUACCUGGUGAAAGCACUUAGGGGCAGCUCUUGUGCGUAAGUCCUUGCAUUUAUUGUCUCAUUUCUACAGGACUCAAUAUUAGUUACAUAGUGUUUUGUAGUUUACAGAGUACUUUGCCAUACAAAAGGCAUACACAAAAAGCUUACUAACUUCUUAACUUGUUUUCCCCUUUAACCACAGUCUUUCAUCAAAGCAUGCUUGACUUCUCUUCCCAGUUUCACUCUGAAUCAUAUAGACACAAAAAAUCGAUACAAGUCACAAGUAAGAACCAAAAGUGCUCAUGCCCUCAUAGACCCUGAUGGUGACUCUUUCUGUUCCCAGUCUGGAAGGGGAAAGACCCAAAAAUACCACAUGUCUCUGCUGAGAUUAGGAACAAGUUAGGUAUCUUCCUCCCCGAGUGAUCAGGAGGCUCAGAGAGGGAGAGCAGGUCUGAAGAUUCAGGGUAAAUCGGUGACACUAAUACACUAAGAGGCCAAAAGUGUGCUUUCCUGAAAGAUAGCCAAGAUUUGUGACCAUUAAGAUGGUUAAACAGAGCCAUCUGGUUUGUUUUUUUUUCUCACAUUGUGUUUUUAUCCUUGUAACUAACUGAACACUAAGUCAUGGCUGAUUGUGAUCUCCUCUAUUCAUAGGGAGUUCAGAAGAGCUAUCCAGAUGAUUAUCAUGUAAAGCUAGGUUUGGGAAUCACUGACCCAGUGUUUUACAACAUUGGUUUUUUAACCUCAUUUGCAUGUUAGAAUUAUCUGAGACACUUGAAAAUUGUUCUGUUUUAGGCCUCAGUAUUUUUUAAAACUUUGGAAGGGAGUGAACCACUGCUGACAAGUAAAACCUGCAGGUCACAGAUGUGUGUGAUCAGAGGUGGAGGGGACCUGUUGUAUAAGGCAGUGUUCUGCUUCAGCAGGAAAGGACACUGAGUGCAUCGGCUUCUCUGCUUCUAACGACCCUCGGCUGCUGAGACUCUGUGACCUGACUCCUCUAUUUGUGUUUCAUGUGAAUAUACCAAACAUUUUAUUUAUAUGAGCAAAACAAGUUCUAUAUAAGAUGCUUUUCUGUUCCCCCAUUCUACAAAAGGACUUUUUAUAUUUUUGUUUGUAUUUCAUCUCCAGAUCUGGGUUUCCACAAAUCACACUCAGGUUCAGGACCCCGAUCCUACACUAAUCAUAUGAGCCUAAUAGGUUGCUAAACAGAUCAGAUCCUUCCCCACCUCAUAACAACUUUGCCUCCCAAUUCAAUUCCAACCCUCAAAAUAAAUUACCAGCUACUUUUUCCAGUAGGGUUUCUGGUAGGAGAGAAGUGACUACACUUUGUAAUCAAACGUGGCUUAGGUUUUCCUUUUCCUUGGGGUCAUCGCUCUUCUUUUUUUUUUUUUUUCAAGCAAACUUGGAUCCCCCAUCAGGAAUCGAAUCCUCCCUUCAGUGGAGGCUCACAGUCUUAACCACUGCACCACAAGGGAAGUCCCUUCAUCUCCCUUCUUCCUAGGCUGGUCUUGCCAGAAGUAGAUGGGAACUCUGAAGCCUCAUUUUCUUAAGUUGCUGAGAACUAUCAGUCUUUCAGCUCUCAGAGAGCUAGGCCUAAUGAUGAGCAUUAAGGGUUGAAUGCAGAAGUCUGUUUUUACCCUUAAGUGAGACCAACAGAUGUAUGUUACGUGGAGCAAAGGGAUGCAAAAGUGAAAUCACGUACGGGUGCUUUGGGGGCCUGGGGGAGAGAUUCCUCAUCAGCAUACUGGCACAUAAAGCUCACACCCCCGCCUCUCAAACACAGUUAGCUGUGAAUCCUUCAGGUUCAAGAAGCUAGUCCUUCCACCAUGCUGUGGGUCCCCUCUCUCCUCUAGGUGGCUGUCCUCCCACUUCUGUCACUUCCCCACCUGUGUGCCUAACCUUUCUGGGGUCACGGUCCCUUUGAGAAUCUGGUGGAGGUUGUGGAUCCUCUUUAGGAGAAACUCAGAUUGCUCGCUCAGUUUUAUGUUCAUUUAUGGAAGCAUAGAAACUCCCUGAGGCUAAUCCGAGGAUCCUUUGGGGUCUCAAAUCACACCUGGGGAUGUACUAUGAAAUCACCUACACCUGCAACAGAAUGGUAACUUUAUUUUUUGACUGUGUGUGACUUAUAGGGUCUUAGUUCCCUGACCACGGAGUGAACACCAGCCCCUGCAGUGAAAGUGCUGAAUCCUAACCACUGUGCUGCCAGAGAAUUCCCAGUGACAUUUUUCAAAAUCAACAUCAGACCAUAGAAUCUCUAGGGGUGUUGCCCAGACACAUAACCUUUUCAAUCUUGCUCCUCCUGGAUUUCCGCCUGCCCCCCUCAGCAAAUGGUGUCAUCAUCCAGCACCCAGACUGGAAACCCAGGAGCCAUUUCUGGCUUCCAGUGUAUCAGGCAUUGAUGACAAAAAUAGUUAUUAUGCACUCUCUUUGUGGCAGACAUGGUGCUAGGUCCUGGGGUGCCAAACCAAGCAAGGCCUGCAUUUCCCCUUUUUCAUGUCUCUCACUGGAAAGCUGGAUCCCUUAACAUGAUUUAUAUACCAAGCUCUUCAUCAUCUCUUUCCAGCCUAUUGGUUUCGUUUCUCAUGCACCUUUACUGCGGCCUGGAGGCAACUUGCUCUUGUGGUGCCUAUGAUCUCUCGCCACCACGCCCCACAGCCCCCUUCUGCUUUGCCUAAUAUCUGGUUUCUUUUAAUAUUUGGCUCAGGCCUAUCUCUGGGAAACCUCUGACCUCCCCAUGGCCAAGAAGUAUGUAUACAAGUAUAGAAGAGCAUGAUACUUGUAUCCAGAGUUUUACUUUGGGCUUUAAAGUGAAAAACAUCUGGAUUCAAAAUUGUGUAUAUAGUGCAGUUCUCAUAAAAUGUUGUUACAUACACUGUAUACUCUUUAAAAUAUAUAGAUAAAAUACAUGAAGGAAAUAUUUUUAAAAAGUUAUAAAUGUUUAAGUGACUUUUUCGGAGCCAUACAAAUGGUAAAUUGCAGAGCUUGGGCUCACACCCAGGUCCUAGGGAUAAUGGAAUUAUAGGUGAUUAAAAUUUUUAAAGUAAUUUUCAUAUUUUUUAUAAGGAACAAAAAUUUUAUAAUCAGGAAAAAUAUUAUAAUCACAAACUUAGUUUUAUUGUAUUAACUAUAAACAGUAUCUCUAAUUCUCCAUUUGGUAGAAUGUGGGAUGUAGAAUUUUGGUAGAAUGAGGGAUGCUCCAUCUCCUCCCCUUGUCCACCUUUCUGCCUCUGAAAGUGUCAAGUCUGACAAUUCUUAAAUUCUGUUCUGUAACCAUAGUCUUUUAUGCUUUGUUUAUUGAUUUGUUCUGAAAGUUGAAAUAAACAGCAUGAAUGUUAUUAUGACUGUAUACAUGUUCACUGCAGAUGUAAGUAAUUUAUUGUGAUUCUGUUUCCUUUUUGGAGCAGCAUUUUGUUUUUAUUGAAGUUUCUAGUUGUCUUUCUUUUCCCCCUGUGCUGGUUGCUUUUAACACAUCCUCAGUUAUUUCCAAAUUCUCCAUCCAAUUAGAUGCUCUUUGAGUCCCCCUUUCUCCUGUAUAUAUCCCUUCCAGAGACCUCCAGCCUCCUGCUUUAGUCUGUCCAUGAUGUUUGUUUGUUUGUUUUUAAUUAAAAAAAUUUUUUGGCCACUACACAGCCCGUGGGAUCUUAGCUCCCCAAUCAGGGAUCAAACCCAUCUUCCAUGCAGUGGAAAUGCAGAGUCUUAACCACUGGACCACCAGGGAAGGCCCAGUCCUUGGUAUUCUUUAUGCCUACUGUCCAGUUGUUAAACUGGUACAUAGCAUCCUAAAUUCCACAUCUACCUUUUGUUUCCUCUCUCGUUUCACCGCAGAGCAUCAAGUCACUUACCAAAAAGAGUAUGUGGAAGGCAAAAUUGUUGGGUGCCUAUGUAUGUAAAACAACUUUCUCUGCCCUCACACUUGUUUGGUAGUUUGACUGGCUGUGAAAUUCUAGGUUGAAAAUUUACCCCCAGAGCUUGUAGGCAUUGUUUCACUGACGUAUAGCGUCUGACAUUGCUAAUUAGAUGCCUGAUUGCAGUCUGAUUCUUAUUUCUUUGACAAUAAAUAGAACUCACAUUUUUGUGAUCUCUUUCCCCAUUCCUUUCAAGCUCUUAAAGUCCCCUGUUUAUCCUUGAUAUACUCAAUUCCCUAAUGGACUCAGUGAAAUUUUUCAAUCUAGCGAUUCAAGUACUUCUAGGAAAUUUUCUCGUUAUUUAUCUGACAGUUUCCCAUUCUAUAUUUUUUUUUUCUGUUUUCACUGUUUUUGCAAUUCCUGUCAAUCAAAUGUAACUUCUGGAUUGAUCCUUAACUACUUACUAUAUUACUUUCAUUUCCUUGUCUUCUACCAUUUUCUGGGAGAGCACCUUGAUUAUUUUUCAACCUUUCUAGUGAGUAUUUUGGCAGUAAUUAAUUUCUAAGAGCCUUGUCUUGUUCUCAGUUUGUUCCUUUUGUGUAGUGUACUAUUCUCAUUUUACAGAUGCCUCUUAAAUCUGAGUAUUCUAAUUAGAAGGAUUUUCCUUAAAGUCUCUUCUGUCACUGAAUUGCCUCACCACCUUCAUUCCCCUGCUCUGGGUCCUUUUUUCUUUUUGUUUAUCUUGUUGACUCUCUUUGGAGGAUUUCCUCAAAUACGUUGUGAUUCUUACAUCCUCAGAUACAAACAUGCAUAUAUUUGUGUGGUGUGGAGGCAGGUACUGAGCUUGACUUAGCAAAAGGCUUCCCUCCAGAGUGGUUGGUAGUGAACAAGUUUUUCCCUGAAGACUCUAAAUGCCAGGAUGCAGAGAUCUUUUGGCAAAAAAAUCAUCUCAUGUUUUCGUCUGGGGUUUGGAUGAUGUAAGUGACUCUAGAGUGAGAGAGAAGGGGAUCAAGUGUUACUACAGGUUUUCAGUGAUGCUUUUUUUUAUUAAAUUAAAAAAUUUUUUUGGUGGCGCUGCACCACAUGCAUGGAUCUUAGUUCCCCAACCAGGUAGUGAACCCACCCCCCUGCAGUGGAUGCUCGGAUUCUGAGCCACUGGACCACCAGAGAAGAUCCCUGAUGCACUUACUGUUAGCCCUGUUCCAUCUUACCCUUCAUUGCACCAGGGAUUUCCAAGUCCCAAGUCAUCUGGAGUUGGGCAAGUAGACAGCUGCCUCCUUUCACUGCAUUGCCCUCAGCAAGUAUUUCAAGCUAUCACUCCCUCCAUCUAAUUUUAUUGUGGAUGAAACCACCAUUUCAUCCACUUUCUAUCCUCUAGAAAUUUGUUUCCCUGUCCCAUCAUUGUUGUUCAUAUAUUUUAAACCAUUUUAACCCAUUAUUGUUUUAUUGGAAGCUAAAUGAUUUAGAAAAGAAUGUUGAUAAUCCUUUGAUACAGUAGUACCACUUUUAGAAAACAAAAACUAAUUAUUUUGACAAUGGUUUAUAUGCUUGUCAGUGUUCAUAUUUUACAAAAAAUGAAAACAAUCCAAGUGACUAACAAUAGUAGAAUGAUUAUAUGUGGUGAAAUGUUCUGCAACCACUAAAUAUCAUAAUUUAAGGAAUCAUUAGUGAUACGAUAAAAUAUUCACAAUAAUAUUAAAUGAAACAAGCAAAGUAUAAAAUUCAGUGGGUGUAUAGACACUUCACUUUUCUUAAAUGUAUUAAUAUAUGCCUAGGAAAGACUGGAAGGAAAUAAAUACCUGAAGUAUUAACAGUGGUUAAAUUUUCCUGCAUUGUCUACAUUUUCUACAGUGAGCCUAAAUUACUCUCAUGACCAGAAGAGAAAAAUUAAGAAAAAGAUCAUGGCUUGUUUGGAGUGGUAAGAUGUUCUUGUGGGGUGUGGAAUGGGUAGUGAGGAGCAGCAGAAUAAGAGUCAGGGGAAAUACAGUGGUCAGUUACCAAGGACCUAAUGCCAGGUGAAGGGAUUCAGCUGGAGAAUAUAUGUAACCCCAGUGUUUGUGACAUGCAGUUAUAGCUGUGGAGAGUGGAGGCUGGGCUGGUGAAGGGAGAAAAGACUCUGGAGACCAUACAGACCACUUCUGUCAGAGUCUAGGAGAGACCCUGGAUUCUGACCCAGGCAGCAGCAAGGGCCAGAGGAGAAGAAACAGAUGGAAUGAGCGGGCCUUCAGGGCACGGAGGAUCGGUCCAGUCCCCCACACUGUGACACAUGAUCUCUGACCAAUGGGGCCUAGCCCAGACCGGAGACGUCCUGGUUUCUUUGCGCCUCUCUGGGGCUGCCCUGUGUCAGCCUGCGUGUGAGGAGGCAACCCAAGUCCUAGCGGACUAUUUGGCUACCCAGGGCCUCAUGCUGGGCCAAUAGCAAGGUUAUAACUGCUCUGUUAGCUGGAGGGGGUUCCUGUGGGCUAGGCACUCUGCUAAAUGCCAAAUGUUUUUUAUCUCAUUUAGACUUCACCUGAGGAGGGAAGUUCUCUUAUUAUCUACAUUUUCUUUAUUCUUUUUUUUUUUAAUAAGUUUUUAUUGGAGCAUGGCUGCUUAACACUGUUGUGUUAGUUUCUACUGUACAGCAAAAUGAAUCAGGUAUAGGUAUACAUAUGCCCCCACUUUUUUGGAUUACUAAUUUUUUUACAUUUUCAUAGUCAAUAGUCAUAGGAUUAAGAUAACUGAGGCUAAAGACCAUUAUCCCCUCACCCAAGCUGUCUUCUCACUGUGCCCCCAAGAACCCCUCUCCUCAUCUAAAAGUACUUUGUUUAAUAGGAGCAACAGUGCUUGCCUGUGGUAAGAAGUUCGGUGGUACAAGAGCAGACAGCAAAGAAGUUGUGUCCCUCCCAGCCCAGUGUACCCCAAUAUGUGCAUCACAGAUAACUUGUCAAUUUCUUGGGGAUCCUCCCAGACAUGCAUUUAUAGUCUUAUAUAUCCACACACACACAUGCACACACACGAGCUUAGGAUACUUUUUUUUUUUAACUCAGUGUGUCUUGGAGAUGAUUUGUUUGCCUAUAAGAUCUAUCUCAUUCUUUUUCACUGCUGUGUGAUAUUCUUCUGUGUGGAUGUACCAUGAUUCAUGGAGCAAGUGCCCUACUGGUGGUCAUGUAGGUUCUUUUCUAUCUUUUGCUUUUACAAACAAUGCCAUGAUGAAUAUCCAGCAUACUGUCCUUUAUCAAUUUAUCCUGCAAAGAAAGUUGUAUGCAUACAAUUUUGUCUGCAGGAUAAACUGAUAAAGGGUAUGUGCAUUUGAUAUUUAGAUAGAAAUUGCAAAAGCAGUUCCCAGUGUGUGUGAAAAUGCCCACUUCCCUGAAUCCUCUAUAAUACUAUUGUUUGUCUUUUCUGCUCUGAUAAAUAAAAAAUGCUCUCAUA